CGGAGUAAUUCACACAAACAGCUAUAAUGGCAAAUGCCAAAAUUAAAUGACUUUUAAAAAUUUCAAUUUUGCCGAUUGACAAGACAUAAAAUUUAAUUUUCUCAACAACAAAAGACCAGACUAGAGUUUUUUUAAUAUAUUAAUAAAUAAUAGUUAAAUAAUUUUGAUAAGUAAAUAAUAAAUAUGCCACAAUAUAAAGUGAAAGUAAAAUGGGGACGCGAAAUGUUUCCAGAUAUUGAAGUAAAUACCGAUGAGGAACCCAUACUGUUUAAGGCUCAGUUGUUUGCUUUAACAGGAGUGCAGCCGGAAAGGCAGAAAGUUAUGUGCAAGGGAGGCAUUUUAAAGGAUGAGGAAUGGAAUUUGCAAUUGAAAGAUGGAGCUACAAUUUUGUUGCUGGGCACAAAAGAGCAAGUACCCGAAAAGCCGGCUGAACCAGUGAAGUUUAUUGAAGAUAUGAAUGAUGUGGAAAUGGCCUCAGCGAUGGAAGUUCCUGCUGGUCUCACUAACUUAGGCAACACUUGUUAUAUGAAUGCUACUUUACAGUGUUUACGUGCCGUUCCCGAAUUACGCGACGCUUUAGAAAAUUUCCGUGUUGGCAGUGCCGAUGCUGAGUCAAUGCCUUUGGCCAUUACCUCGGCUAUGAAGUUUCUAUUUAAGCAAAUGGAAAAAACUGGUUCUACCGUAACGCCAUUCGUUUUAUUGGGAACGUUACAUCGUGCCUUUCCACAAUUUUCUCAAACCGGUGAAAAUGGUACUUAUCGCCAGCAGGAUGCCAACGAAUGUUGGUCGGAAUUGUUGAAAAUGUUACAGCAAAAAUUGCCAGCAACUAGUGUUCCUGAAGUGGAGGGUGGACAGCAGGUUAAGAAGUACAACUCAUUUAUUGAACAAUACUUUGGCGGUACUUUUGAGGUUAAAAUGAGUUGCAGUGAGGCACCCGAUGAGGAUACCAGCAUUAGCAAAGAAAACUUUUUACAGUUAAGUUGUUUUAUAUCGCCCGAGGUGAAAUACAUGCAUAGUGGCUUAAAAUCGAAAUUAAAUGAAACUUUAGUUAAACGUUCAGAAAGACUAGGAAGAGAUGCCAACUAUACCAGAUCGUAUUUAAUUAAUCGCUUGCCUGCCUAUUUAACCGUACAAUUUGUACGUUUCCAAUAUAAGGGUAAAGAAGGCAUUAAUGCUAAAGUCUUAAAGGAUAUAAAGUUUCCCAUUGAUUUCGAUGCCUUCGAUUUGUGUACACCCGAAUUGCAAAAUAAACUAUGUCCCAUGCGUGCAAAAUUCAAAGAAUUAGAAGAUAAAAAACUCGAAAGUCAGGUGAAAGCACCACUCGAUGCGGUUAAAGCCAAGGAUGGCGGUGAUGAUAGCAAAACAAAAGUCGAAUAUGAACCGUUUUAUUUUGAAGAUGAUUUAGGUAGUAAUAAUUCCGGUUACUAUACACUCCAAGCUGUUCUAACACACAAAGGACGUUCUAGCACUUCGGGCCAUUAUGUGGCCUGGGUUAAACAAACCGAAGAUAUUUGGUUUAAAUUUGAUGAUGAUGUCGUAACAUCGGUAACAAGUGAUGAAAUUUUACGUCUUUCGGGCGGUGGUGAUUGGCAUUGUGCAUAUGUCCUGCUGUACGGGCCUAAACUAUUGCCAAAAGCAUCACCAGCUGUUGAAGCUCAAGAAAGCAAUUGAAAUGUGAAGUAAAAAAAAAAUAUUAUACAUCAAAACGCCUACAUAAUAAAAUAUAAACAUCAUUAAUUAAUUA